AUGAGCCUUACUUCCAGCAACGAUUACGUCGCCGACGACCUCUCCAUCCUCACCCGUCUACUCGUCUGCACAAACCUCGAUUCCUUCAACAAAAACACACGAGACGCGCUCGCCAUCGGCGAGCUUGAUAAACACUGGGGCGAAACAAUAGAAUCCCUCAUAGCCUCUUGCUCAGAAUUCUACUACCCGAUAUCCGACCCCGUGGAAAUCUCCGAAUCGCAUACUAUCCUCCUUCUAUGGCUGCUGCUCAGAUACGGAGGCCUGCAGCCGUGGUCCAGCUUCUCGCGCUUGGUGGGGUCGGCUAUUGAAGAUGCGCAGAGAGCUGAGAGGAAGAGGAAAACUUGGCGCUCUUACAGGGGAGAAUUGGAUGGACUGCUGGAAGACCUCGAGCAUUACAAGGACAUCUUGCGAGGGGAUAGAUACUUUGAUGACGUGGAAGGUCCGCUGCUGGAUGGAGAAGACGAGAUUGGGGGAGAGGAGCUAGGGAGAGAAAACGUGAGGGACAAUCAUGUACCCUUCAGCACAGGGCUGCACCCAAUUCUGGAAUCUGAGCAGGACUGGUUGAUGGAAAGACUUGAAGAUGCGAUUGGGAAUUUACAAACGGCGAUCAGAGAGGGUUGGAGACAACCUGUGCACGCCAGUAACUGCGGGUGUCAGUGUCGAAGACAGCUUCGAGCUGGACUGGACGCCGAGGAUGGUCUUGGCUCUUCAUCCUCUGGCAUCGCUCGAUAUAGUCGUCAGAUUCCCAUCACUCAGGCGGGUCCGAGUAGGCGCAAUAUUCCAGGCACAGGACCGCAAGAAGGGACCCCCGCAACUGAGACCAGACCUGUUCCCUCGAGCACUGACUCCGAAGAUAAGCUUGGAGUCACCUCUCGAGCUUUGAUUGUACAAGAAGAGAUGAUUGAAGACACAAAGAAGUUCUUGGACAAGCUUCAGACGGCAUCACAGUUCCUCGAAGAGUUUGCUCUAGAAGAUCUCGAGAAGAAGCAAGAGGUGAAGGUAGAUGGCCAUUCGGAAAUUGAGCCCCGGCCCGAGCUCAAACACGGGGGACUAAAGGGCAUCAAGAGCACAACCGAACAGGGGAAAAAGGAUAAAGGUAAAAUGAAUGCAGUCUUGCCCAUCAAUACUGAUCUUAGGGCACCUUCGCCUUCUACCAGCUCGCAAACUGCCGUUGAUAGCUCUUCUUCCAGCGAUACCGUUCAUACUCUGUCUAACGAAAGCACACUGACCUUGGUCUCUGAGCCGUCCGGCGAGAGCUCUGAGACUCCCAGCCGUGAGCAACUGCGAGAGUUUGAACAAAGGCAGUGGGCUCGAGUGGCUAGAAGACGCAUGUACUGA